UGACGAGUAACCCCCUUCUGCUUCUCAUGUGACUUUGGCGUAAACAGGAAGCAGCUGAUCUUGACUUCACUGCUGCUUCUGCCAGUAAUGUAACGUUAUAGAUCUCAAUUCUUAAGAACAAAUUCAAACUACGGGCUAAAAUUGCUUCAGUUUGAGUAACCGUUCCACCUUGUCGAUCUGAAGGAGAGGAAGAGGAGAGCUGCUGCGUACACCGAAUAAAGUCACCUGACUUGCAGCUCCGAGAAGUACUCAACAUCGUGUCUGCUGAGGGGGGGAUGUCAAGCCCAGCAAUGAAGAAAAAGGUGUUACUGAUGGGGAAAAGUGGGUCUGGGAAGACCAGUAUGAGAUCAAUCAUCUUUGCCAAUUACAUAGCUCGAGACACACGCCGCCUUGGAGCUACAAUUGACGUAGAGCACUCCCAUGUACGGUUUCUUGGCAAUCUGGUUCUAAACCUGUGGGACUGUGGAGGACAGGACACGUUUAUGGAGAACUACUUCACCAGCCAGAGGGACAACAUUUUCAGAAAUGUAGAAGUGCUUAUUUAUGUAUUUGAUGUGGAGAGCCGUGAGCUGGAGAAAGACAUGCACUACUACCAGUCUUGUCUGGAGGCCAUCCUGCAGAACUCCCCCGACGCUAAAGUGUUCUGCCUCGUUCACAAAAUGGAUCUGGUGCAAGAAGAUCAAAGAGAUUUGAUCUUUAAGGAGCGUGAAGAAGAUCUGAAGAGACUGUCCAGACCUUUGGCUUGCACGUGCUUUAGGACAUCGAUCUGGGACGAAACCCUGUAUAAGGCCUGGUCUAGCAUAGUGUACCAGCUCAUCCCAAACGUCCAGCAGCUGGAGACAAACCUGAGAAAUUUUGCGCAGAUCAUAGAGGCAGAUGAAGUUCUUCUGUUUGAGAGAGCCACAUUCCUGGUGAUCUCCCACUAUCAGUGCAAAGAGCAGCGCGAUGCUCACCGGUUUGAAAAGAUCAGUAACAUUAUCAAACAGUUUAAACUCAGCUGCAGUAAACUUGCAGCCUCUUUCCAAAGCAUGGAAGUGAGGAACUCCAACUUUGCGGCCUUCAUUGACGUCUUCACCUCCAACACAUAUGUCAUGGUCAUCAUGUCGGACCCCUCCAUUCCAUCUGCAGCCACUCUCAUCAAUAUCCGUAAUGCUAGGAAACACUUUGAGAAGUUGGAGCGGGUGGAUGGACCCAAGCACAGCCUGCACAUGCGAAUGCGCUAGCCGGUGCAUUUGUUCCAGUGGAUACUCUCAGCCAAUCAGUCCACAGACCGCAGCUGGCAUGUUGCGGUCUUCCAGCUCCGAAACGUAUGAGCAGCACUGUUUCCUCUAUAUCUUCACAUUCAAUCACAGUUAUAUAGAAAUCAUAUUUUCUUUUAGUCUAAUUUCUACAGUGAUCAUAGGUAUCUUGAACAGCAAUACAUUCUGUUGGAAUUAGAAUUGCCCUAACUCAACGUAAUAAAGUAAAAUGAAUAGUUGUGUUUACUAUGAAGGGGGCAACCUUUGCUGUCAAACUUUGUCGUAUACAGUCGAUUUGUUCACUCCAUGCAGGGAAUCCCAGUGAUCUGGGGAUGUUGUCUCCAGAUGAUAAGCAGCAGAUUUGCAGUUUGUAAGCUGUUACACUUUUAAAGUAUGAACAAUAUAGUUAUAUUCAGAAAAAUAUAUGUGACGUGUUUUUUUCUGCUUCAA